AUGACUGUUCUUCCAAGUAUGAAUGGCAGAUUGGCGGCUUCAAGACUCAGCGUACUUCGCGUUUCAUCAUCGUUAAUAACAACAACUCGCAGUGCUACGUUUUGGGGUUCGCAUUUGUCCAACCUUCACUCCAAUAACCACCUUGGGUUUUCCACCACGACUGUUGAUAUGGAUCCAAUGAAGAGAAGGAAGUCAACGGUGGCAGUAGCGUCAGCGUUGGAUACGAAUGUUAAUCGCUGCAUUGAGAUUCCCCUUUCAAAAUCAUACACUGGCAAUCCUUCCAUUCUAUUGGAAAGAGCUGCUCGCGAAACACAAGUUCUGCUACCUUUGUUACAGUCUCGCGAAAAGGAUGUUCAACGAGCACAGGAACAACACGAUUUGCAUGGAAGCCUUCAAUUUGCUAUGAAUGCUGCAGAGACAUUGUUAAAAGUCACUGAAUCGACGGCCGAGUUGGCGGAAGCCAUCCGAAAUGCGAGCAUUCAAAAGCAACAGCAAAUUGUAUCAAUUCACCGAACAUUAUUGGCAGUUUCGCAACUCUGUACCUCUCUCAUGGCGGCCAACAACAAAAUCAAUUGUGAAUUCGUGGCUCUCUCGAUGGAACACCCUUUGUUAGAUUACGUGCUCCAACUGGCGCUCAGGGUGCACCAAUUGGGACUGGGAUUCCACUUGCCCCUAUACCAAGGAAUAUGCCAGGCCAUUGCAUCACAAGAAAAUUCUAUUCAUUCCCCUAGUGCGUGGAUUUUGAAUGUUGCGGAAUGGGCGCAACUAGAGCUGGGGCACUUGCCUAACAAUUUCUUUGAAGAUUCUUUGUUGGAGUUGACCAAGAGGCAAAGGAACCACGAAGCUAUAUCCAUCUUGCAAGGAAUUAAGCAAAGACACCAACAAGCGUCAUAUCUCAAUGAGAAGACUACGGAAAAAAUCUUGCUUAAUCUGAAGGGAUCCAUCCGAAGCAUGUAUCAAAAGCAAAAGUCAACCUGGACACUGGAAGAAGUGCAUUGUCGAGAGAUUAUCUUGCUGCUAGAAUCCUCCAUUUGGAAACUUGUGGAUGAACAGCAACAGCAGCAUCAACAAAAUCUCAUUGACAAACCAAGCAUUUUGAAAGACGCGGUUGAAGUCAUUUUGUUAAGCCAUACUGAACAAGAUUUGUCAAAUGAAUUCUGCACUCAUCAACCAGACGAUUUUGAAGAGCUUUUACUCGAAGCAACGGAGUUAGCUGAUAUACUGGACGGUAAGGUAGGGAUGGAUAUAACGUUGGACGAUCAAUCGUUGCUCUACACUCGGCCCAUUGAGUGCAAUGGUGUGCCAGACAUUACUUCACAACUGCUGGUGAGAUCGAAGAAUAAAUCUUUGCGAUACAGUCCUGACAUGGAACGUCACAUUUACUUCCAAUUUUGCCCAACGGACAUGGGCGAUGAUGACGAUGCCAUGUACUGA